AUGUCGCGCCGAUCGCUUGGAACAACCACACCACCCAGUCACCCGCCAGCAUCUCUCCCCAGAUCAGAGUCACCAAGAGCUUCUGUAACUAAGCGCCCCCUAAACACGACGAAUAAAAGUGGGGAUGAUGAGAACCGUCGGAAAGACCCGAAGGUUAGUAGGGCUUGUGACACCUGCAAGAAGAAGAAAAUACGAUGCGACGGUACAAUUCCGUGUACCAACUGUACCAAGAGGAAGGUCAGUUGCGCGUAUGACAUGAAGUAUGGCCGAGGGCGACCCCCGACACCUCCAUCUUCAGCCGCGAUUCGCGAACAUCAAAACAGGCUGAGAAGUAAUUACUCAUAUGAUCUCUCUAACUGGCAGCCACCAGUCUCCGUCGCUCCUGAAAUAUCGUCGCCACUAGUCCAUUCUCGAGCCUCACCAACUGGUGAAAUUGAGGGUCAAUAUUUUGAUCCUACCUCGGGAUUGAACUUUUUACACCGAGCAUGGAAAAAGCUUUUGACCACCCAGAAUGAUCAACCGGCAUCAUACCGCCUAAGCGUUUCGGAGCAGAAUCAGCUCCUUACAUCAGCAGGUGACCGACCCUUUCACAUUGAGAGCGAUGCAUUGGACAGCUUCAUUCCUGAUGCCUCAACAGCGAGAAAGCUGCAGCAAUUCUACUUCGAGACGUGUGUGGUCACAUACCGCAUGUUCCAUCGACCGAGUGUGGAAGGCUGGAUGGAGAUCUUUCUGAAAGAUGGACAAGGCGCAGGGCCCACUGCUCGGUCUCUUGGUAAGGCCAAAACUGCGACUCUCCUUACCAUCAUGGCUAUCGCGAACCUGCGCCUGCACAGGGUGAGCGGGGAGACAUCAACGGAGGCUGAGUCGCUUGCCUUGAAACGGAGCGAUCACUUGUUUUGUGCUGGUAUGAGAAUGACUGAAGAGGAGAUUGGGUUUCCGCGUCUUGAAUCAGCACAGGCACGUCUGGUCCAAGUCCUCUACCUUCUUCAAACCUCCCGUAUAAAUAAAGCCUGGUACACAUUUGGCAAUGCGUUCCAAAUCACACUCUCGCUGGGUAUGCACAGGAGGCGGGACCAGAAGAGGGAUUACCCCUUCACAAGCAGGAGGCAGGAUUAUAUCACGUCAGAGUGCUAUAAGCGCACCUUUUGGGUGGCAUAUACUGUCGACAGAUAUCUGAGUGUUGUGCUUGGUCGGCCUCGACUUUACCAGGAUGAAGACAUCGACCAGAAUUUUCCAGAUACUGUAAACGAUGAGGACAUGACACCGGAUGGGUUUUCCAUUUCAGAUGACCCGGCUGAUUGUUAUAUCGAUGCUCUCAUAUAUCAUGCGAAAAUUGCUCAAAUCAUCGGGAAGAUAUCACGGGAAGUGUACUCAGUUAGCGAGCUGUAUAGCCAGAAUCGCUUGGCUGCUGCCCAUCGGUUGGGCCGCGAAUUACAUGAAUGGCGUGAAAGCCUGCCACCACACUUAGGUACUGUUAAGCCAACAACAUUAAUACCUAGUUUUCGGCGUCAGGCUAUUGCCUUGCAGCUCGCAUAUUUCCAUGCCAUCAUUCAUGCCUAUCGACCCUUUCUUUUGAGCGACGCAGCAUCUGAGAUUGUCAGUGAAUGUAUCUUAGCCACCAAGGCCUGUCUAGAGCUUAUUAACAAAGUGGCGAGAGACAGCAUGCUGUUUCAUUCCUUCUGGUGGACUCAUUAUGUGAUCUUCUGUGCAUUGGCUGUGGUUUAUGUUUGGGAGAUUCAACGAACUACUCGAUCCCUCGUUGAAACUGUCGAUACGUCUCUGGGCAAAAUAUUUGAGCUUGCGGAGAAAUGCCAUGGUCAUCUCAAGCGAGCAUCUACUGGUCUAUCGCAAAACCAACGAUACAGCGUCAUACUCGACGAACUGAGAUCUGAAGCACAAAGAUGUCGAUCUCUGACCACAAACCCGCCAAAGAUAGAUCAAGAGGGUGCUUGUGGCGGCGAAGCCAGCGCCAAUGCAAAUAAUGGCUUUCGUUUGUUGCAGGAUCCGAAUAUGUUCGGGACUGGUUUAGAAGCCAUACUUCCAGAAGGUGUCAUGUUGAAUAUGCCGGACAGCUUCUUGUUCAAUGACUGGCAGACUCUUGACUCAUCGGUAUGUAUAAGCGUAUGA